UGAGGAAGUACACUUUCAGCAUUAGAUUAAUGUCAUUUUAAAUGUUGAGAGAUUACUUUCGACUAACAGACAGACUCCAUAUGUGCAGAACAACACCUGCAGUUACAGAAAUUGAAUUUUUCAGUAAAGACACACAUUUAUAUGCUUUUGCAAUGUCUGGCUCCAGAUGUUCGGUGUCUAGCCUGGAAGAAGACUUAACCUGUCCUAUUUGUCAUGACAUUCUUUCUAACCCAGCAACACUUAAGUGUGGACACAACUUUUGCUUGAGAUGUGUGUCUGAAUAUUGGGAACUGGUGGAUUCUCAGACUUGCCCCCUUUGUAGGAAGCUUUGCUCCCGCAAUGAUCUUAUCAGAAACUGCACACUUAACAAUGUUGUUGAAACAUUUCGUAAAGAAAAGAAGCUGAGUAGAAGCAAGGAGGAUUUGGUCUGCAAUCAACACAAUGAGGAGCUAAAACUGUUUUGUUUGGAGGACCAGGAAGCAAUCUGUCUUAUCUGUUGUACGUCUGCAAAGCAUGAGAAUCAUAAAUGUCGCCCAGUGCAAGAAAUUGCUGCAACAUAUAAGGAGGAGAUAAAGACCGCCUUAAGGCCUCUACAGGAUACAGUGUCAACACUGACAGCAAUGAAAGAUGACUAUGUUUCAACACUGCAACAUAUUAAGGUUCAAAAAAUUAUGACUAGAAAGAAGAUUUGCGAAGAAUUUAGACAACUGCAUCAGUUCUUGCAGAAUGAAGAAAAUGAUUUACUACUCCAACUUCAAGAAGAAAAAGCAAAAAAGGAAGAAAAAGUUAAAAAUGAAAUUCAAAAGGUCUCACAAGAAAUUAACCUUGUUUCAAACACAAUUUCAACAAUUGAACAAGAGGUGAACAAAGAUGAAAACUCUUUUCUAAAGACUCUCCAAAGCACAAGAAAGAGAGUUGCACGCAUAGUUAAAGCACCAGCAAAGGUCCCUGACGCUCUUAUAGAUGUAGCCAGCUACUUGGGAAAUCUGCAGUACAGAACCUGGAAGAAAAUGCUGACUAUUAUCCAAGCUGUUCCAGUUGUUCUGAAUCCCAAUACAGCAAAGCCCGGUAUGAUUAUCUCUGAUGACUUAAGCAGUGUGUAUCACAGUUCUACAGAGAAAGAAGCUUUACCAGACAAUCCAGCCCGGUUUAGUUCAUGCCCCUGCAUCCUGGGUACCGAGGGUUUCACUUCAGGAAAGCACUGCUGGGAAAUAGAUGUAGGAAACAAGUUAAAAUGGGAUAUAGGUGUGGCUGCUGAAUCAAUAAACAGGAAGAAGACUAUAAGGCUGGUUCCAGAGAAUGGCUUCUGGGCAAUCUCACUUAGAAACUGGGAUGAAUACAGUGCAUGCACGUCAACAUGGACAGCUCUGACUCUAAUCAGUAAACCUCGAAAGAUUAAAGUCUCUUUGGACUAUGAUAAGGGAGAGUUAUCAUUUUAUUAUAUGGAUAAUAUGACCCACAUAUAUACUUUUAAGGAAAGGUUUACAGAAAAGCUGUUUCCUUACUUUUCACCAUGUUUAGCUGAUGGAGACAGAAACAUGGAGCCUCUCAGACUGUGUCCUAUGGAAAUAAAUAUUGUAGAAGGAAAUACAUAGACAGUUUUUGAAUAUUUUACAUGAUUUAGAAGCUGCUGUAUAUAUUUUUUAAUCAUUAAGUGAAAUUACUGAAAGUGAGAAGAUGCCCAGGUGAUUUUAUGUUUGGUGUACUGAGUUCUUGUAUCUCUGCAGUCAUAUUGCUGCAGUCUGACCCAAUUCACACUGUCAUUCCUUAAGCAUUGUUUUCUGUCACUUCAUUUCACUUGCAAUAUUUUUAUCCAGUAUUUAGCUUGCUUGUUGAGUUUUUUUCUUGUCUGCUGUUCACUUCCAUCUGUUGUCCUGUUCCCUUCUCAUUAUUAACUUCAUAGAAAGAUACCCAGGUGCAUUGAGUUCUAUAUAAAAUUCAUUAAAAGCCUGUAAUUGUUUACAAUCCUCUAUUUGUCCUGUGUCUUCUAGUGCUCACUGUGUUUGACUGUGUUCCUAGAGUUUUGGAGGCCGUUUCCUUCCUUUCUGUCACUGUUUAGAUGUGUUAGUCAACCACCUCCAGUUGUCACACUUUCUCACACACUGUCGCAGUUUCCAUCUCCUUUUCUGUCUCUCCACUGGUUUCAUUAUCCUGCUACUUGAAACAAAUUCACUACCAACUUCAAAGGCAUUUCAGAUUAUGCCUUUACACUUUAACAAAGUAUUUUAUAUUCAUAAUCAGUGCAAUUACUGCAUCUGAAGUUUCCUAAAAGAGCAAACUAAUAUAAAACUAAACUUUGUAACUCAUCAGACUUCAUGUCAAUGUAACUGGCUUAUGUUUUGAAUUACUCUGGAGUUGGCCAUAUAAGUUUUGUUUCUUUUACCUUCUGUAUUUGUUUAUAUCAUUUAUUGUGCACAUUAUCUUUUGGGUGGCCAUGGUGGUGCAGCGGUUAGUGUUGCCGCCUCACA